AUGUGGCUCCGUGUGGCUCCGUGUGGCUCUACAUGUGGCUCUGUGUGGCUCUACAUGUGGCUCUGUGUGGCUCUGUGUGGCUCCGUGUGGCUCCGUGUGGCUCUGUGUGGCUCCGUGUGGCUCCUUGUGGCUCCUUGUGGCUCUACAUGUGGCUCCGUGUGGCUCUGUGUGGCUCUACAUGUGGCUCCGUGUGGCUCUGUGUGGCUCUGUGUGGCUCCGUGUGGCUCCGUGUGGCUCUGUGUGGCUCCGUGUGCACAUGGCUCAUACAGAGACUGUUGGACACAGACUAAACAUCACUCUGAUCCAAAGGAACAAACGAGGGACAAAAAGCUUCUGACGAUAACUCAAUUCUCAGCGAUUCGUUGCCAUUUGAACCUCCGGAUGUGGGGUCAGAGCGGCGGGAUAUUGACGAGCUUUAGAGGGGGGGGGGCGUCCUCCACGGACCCCCCUGGACCCGUUAGCGAGCGCUGUGAUUGA